AUGCUGGCAGAAAGUAUCCUGACAGGCAUUGCGUACAAAGAGGAAAUAUAUAAAUCCCACAAAUGCCAGGUACUAAAAGGAGUUGGAGAAGAUGCCUGGGGAAACCCGCACACAGGUGUAAAUUGCAACAGCCGUUCAAAAUGUGAGAAGCACAUGGCUAAGAAGAUUCAGGAAACCUGUGAAAUUGCCAUUGAUAAAGAGGUUUGUCUGGGGAGUUCUGCACAAAAGUCAUCUAUGAAUGGAUAUGGCGACAAUCCUCUUUUAGCUUCUCAGUCAGCUCCUCUGUGUAUACCAAGAAGGGAGCCGCACUGUGAGAAAGAGUUGGAUUUGUAUAGAUCUUGGUCGAGCCAGAGUCUUUAUCAGCAGUAUCCUGAUCUGUAUAUCGGAGGAGAUCACAUUGCUGACCAUAGAUGUGAUUCAGGUUGCAUAAUGGACCAGGCCUAUGACGACCUGACCAACGGUCCCAUCUUGUUUUCAGAAGAUAUCCCGUUAGGCCAAUCACCUCUCACAGAGCCUUUGCAGAAAUGCAAGGCUGCAAAACUCUGGACAGGAGACGAAGUUGCGGAGCGGAGCAUAACUCUCCACAGGCAGCCCCUUUCCAACUCCAUGAUCAACAACUACAUGGAGAAGAAGGUUCAGGAACUAUAUAAACAGUUUCUGGACGAAAAGCUGACCAGGUGCAAUUCUAUCACACAUGUCCUGACGUCAAAUUUGCUUUGUCACAUCGGUGAGGUGAGCCGCCAGCUAUCCUGUGAACAACAGGUGGAAGCAGUGACUGCCAGAAAAACUCUCUUCCAUUCUCUAGCUGUGUUUGGCUUGCAAGACACCAGCGAUCGGAACAGCUGUGAAUGUAGCACCCCAAACUUGCAAAUCUCAGAACUGCCUUGUAAAAUGAGCCACUCUGUGAUGCAGCAUGCAUCAUGA